CUGUGCUUUCAGCAUAUCCAGGGUUCUAUCAAGCUUUGCUAAGAGCUUGCAGCCUUCGGCAUAUUUUGUUAAAUCUCGGUUGUGCAUCUGACACUCAAAUGGAUUAUAGACCAGGAUCUGAGACAUACAGAGUGGAGAGGGAAGUCUUGGAUGAGCAGAAACUGGAAGAGCUAACAAAGAGAAAAACACUCUCAGAGAUCAACAAACCUCUAACUGGGUAUUUGAAAAAGUCAUUGAGAUGCACGCUUCCGAAACUUAAGAGAAGUGUAUUGAGCAGCGUUCCUGUGCUGUACUGGCUGCCAAAGUACUCAGUAUGGGACUAUGGGAUGCCCGACCUGGUCUCAGGCAUCAGCGUGGGGAUAAUGCACCUGCCUCAAGGUAUGGCAUAUGCACUACUUGCUUCUGUACCGCCUGUAUUUGGGCUCUACACAUCUCUCUAUCCAGCUUUAAUUUACUUACUUUUUGGAACAUCUCGACAUAUUUCCAUUGGUACAUUCACUGUCCUCAGCAUCAUGGUGGGCAGCGUGAUAGAGAGAGUUGCUCCAGAUGAGAUUUUUAUGUCUAAAAAUGGGACCAACUUAACUUCAGAGGUAGACAUAGCGGCCAGGGACUCCUACAGGGUGCAGGUGGCAGCCGCUACUACCUUUCUUGGAGGACUUAUUCAGGUGCUUUUAGGUGUUAUAAAGUUUGGAUUUGUGGGAACAUAUCUAUCUAAGCCUCUGGUGAGAGCUUACACAUCAGCUGCUGCUGCACACGCUGUAGUGGCGCAGCUCAAGUACUUAUUUGGAGUUUCACCGAGACGGUUUAGUGGCCCUCUGUCCCAGGUUUAUACACUGCAGGACAUUUUCCUCUGCCUGCCUCAAACUCAUCUUCCCACUCUGCUGGUUAGCUCUGUGACGAUGGUGCUUCUGAUUUCAGCGAAGGAGCUGAACUCGUUCCUCAGUACGAGGCUUCCGGUGCCCAUUCCAGUGGAACUAAUCACAAUUGUUGCAGCGACUCUAAUAUCUUCCACUACAUAUCUAAACAACAACUACAGUGUUUCGGUAGUUGGAGAGAUCCCCAGUGGUUUAAGUGCUCCCACUGUGCCUCAUCUCAGUCUUUUUGGAGAAGUUAUCGGUGACUCUUUUGCUCUGGCUAUCGUUGGAUAUGCUGUAUCUAUUUCACUAGGAAAGACGUUUGCACUGAAACAUGGAUACAAGGUGGACAGUAACCAGGAACUGGUGGCCCUGGGUCUCAGCAAUGCAGUGGGCGGCUUCUUCCAGUGCUUCUCUGUUUGCUCCUCCAUGUCUCGGAGUCUUGUUCAGGAAACCACUGGCGGCAAAACUCAAAUGGCUGGAGUGGCCUCAGCUCUGAUUGUUCUGGUGACUAUACUGAAACUUGGGGUGCUAUUCCAGGAGCUGCCAAAGGCCGUCCUCGCAUCAAUUGUGCUUGUGAAUUUGAAGGGCAUGUUCAAACAGUACCUUGAUGUUGUUACACUGUGGAGGAGAAACAAAGUCGACCUGUUGGUUUGGUUAGUCACCUGGGUGUCAACAAUGCUGCUGAAUCUGGACCUGGGUCUGGCUGCAUCCAUUGUCUUUGCUCUGUUCACUGUUAUUUUUAGGACUCAGAUGCCAACAUACUCUGUUCUUGGAAAUGUUCCUGGUACAGAACUCUAUGUGGACGUGGAGACACACAGAGAGGCUAAAAAGGUCCCAGGUGUUACUAUCUUCCGCUCAUCUGCCACAGUUUAUUUUGCCAAUGCCGAACUCUACCUGGAGGCUCUAAAAAAGAAGAGUGGACUUGACAUCAGUAAAAUGAUCAUCUAUAAGAGAAGGCAGGAGGCCAAACAAAGGAGAAAGGAAAUGAGAGCAGAAAGGCGAGCUAAGAGAAAGGCUAAAGGAGAGAAAAAGGCACAAAAAGCAGCUAAAGAUCAACCUAAACCUCCAGAGAUCUCAGUGGAGGAGGCUGAUAGCUGGUCUGACACAUGUAUAGACAUGACAGCUGCAGAGAAGGAAGAACAGAGCUGGACCGAGAAGGAGAACGUAACUGUAUUUGUGAUCCCAACCACUCCUCGGACGCCUGAGUGUCGCUCCAGGAUGGAGUAUCUUAAAGGAGGAGAUCUGGACAGCACCAGUUGGAUGUCAGAGCUGCAGGAUGGGGACACCAUCACUCUGGGCUCUAGCAGUGAGGACACUCUGAGCCGGGAUCUAGAACAAGUGUCUCUUGGUUCUCUGGGCAAGUGGACCUGGGACAUUCAUUCCAUUAUCCUUGACCUAUCCACAGCUAACUUCAUUGACACAGUGGCCAUAGAGACACUGAAAAAUAUUCAUUAG